GAUCAGGAAAGUCCUUGUGUAGGGAGUAGCACUGGCUUCCUCUGAGCUCUGAAGGGAGAUGAGUUUCUAAGAGUUAGAAGUAAGGGAGAGAUUUUCAGGCAUAGAGAAUGAUCUCUACACAUGUUUAUAUAUGGAAGGGGGAGAUAGAAUAACACAUAUAAGGAAUAGCAAAUAGGCCACCUUGACUAAAAUAUGGAGUCCUGGGAGAAUGAAUAUAAAAUUAAUCUGGAAAAGGAAGACUGGAGCCCUGGACCUUUCUAUUGCUGUCUGGAAGGUCCCCAACUUUAGUUCUCAGAGUUCAUAGCAUUCCUUGACUUGAAGCCAUUUUUAACAUCAAUGUCCUUCUCCCCCAGUUAUUUCUUCACUCAAAAAGAUCGAACACUCACUAAAUCCACAAAUAUCAUGAAAAACAUAGCAGAGAAUAACAAAAAGUUCAAAACAUUAGAGUAGUGUUGGAGUUCUGUAGAGUUUAAAAAGUGCUCUUCUUUUGUCUCUUUUGCCCCCAAUUACUUCUGGUUUUUAGUUGCAGAGUAGAAUGAUUUUCUAGUCAUUACAGUUAAGAAAUCAGACUCAGAAAUACUAAGUGUGCUUUCAGUAGAACUGCAUUCAAAAUCUGCCUUAGUCAUAGUAACAUUGAGGAAGUUAACCUCAAUUUUUAAAAAAUUAGUAUUUCCCCCCAGUUUUCCCUUAUCCCCACCACCUCAAUUUUCUUAGCUCUACAAUGAGAAUAAUAACAGUACCUAUCUCAUAGGUUUUUGUGAAGAGCAAAAGAGAUGUGUAUAGCUCUUGGCAAGCCUUAAAGAGAUAAAUGUGAGCUAUAAUUAUUCUGUCGUUGAAAAUUAAACUGAGCCUUAGAAAGAUUGAUUUGCCUAUAGUCACAGAGCUGGUAACAGGAUUCAAAAACAAAAUCAAAACCAAAAAACCCCCUCCAAAGCCACAUUGGAGGCUCUAUCUAUUAGCCAGCUCUGGUCCUUCGGGUCUAGCGCUCAGGGCGCUGUGUUCAGGGUUUGUGCCUUGCCUUCGGCUCUGGCUUCCUGCCGGUAUUGGGUGAAGCCUGCGCGGGGGAGGAAGACCCUUUUCCAGGCCCUGGAAGCUAACACUUCUCCCGUCUAGUUUCUUGCGGCGGGAGCCGAGAGUCGGGAGCGCCAUCCGAGGAGCCCGGAUCGAGGCCCGAGGCCAGCCCGGGCCGUGGGCCCUGCCCCUUCCUCCGGCCGGGAAGGGCCCACCUGGCGAUCCUUCCAGCAGGUGGCACAGAUAAGCCGCCUUGAGCAAGGGGAGAAAUCCGACACUGACACACGGCUCUCUGGGAGCCGCCACUUGUGGCUGGACAGGAAACCAGGAAAUGCGCUCUCCUUGUGUGUGGAAGCACACCCUUGGGGACAGAGCACCAUGGGAAACCAGCUCUGCUGCGGGAGAAGCUGGAGCUGCCCAUCAUCAUUCCACAAGAAAAAGAAAAGAGGAAGUCAUGCAAAAAGAAGAACAGAGAAGCAGCCACAGAAAAGCACAAAGGGCCCUGAGACGGUGGGACAUACCUAUGAAGUGGUGUCGGAGUUGCCCGGGUCUGGAGAGGGGACUCGAGGCCCUCAGUCAGAGGACAGCAGCUUGCAUUACGCAGACAUCCAAGUGUGCAGCCGUACCCAGCCGAGAUCUGCCCGCGAGGUGAAGCACCUACAGAUACAGAAUGCCACCGAGUAUGCGACCAUUAGAUUUCCCCAAGCCACACCCCACUAUGACAGCAAAAAUGGUACCCUGGUGUAAGCCCCGGUUAUGAAGCACUGUGGAACAGAGAACAUGGGGCAGGACAAAAGUCCUACACUUCUACAAGAGAGAAUCUGAGACUGUCGGGGACUAGGCGGCAGCCCUCCUUUCUUUGUCAAUUUCAAAGUGUCUCUGGGCUCCCUGGAGUUUUAAGACCUGCUUCCCUUUUCGGGGUCUAUCUCUAUAUUUUAAGAACAGUUUUGUUGGUAUCAGAAACCGAAGGUCGGAUGAAUCUCCACAAACUAACAGAGAUAGGCUCAGUUUCCAAGUCACAGGCUAGUCCCUUGCUCCCACACAAAACACAAAAAAUGUUGGUAACUCGAUAAGCAAUUGGACAAAAGCCUGAUUACCACCUGGGGGUAAUGUGAUCUAGAGGAAACCCCAGAAGCUAGAGAAAAAAAUUAACCCCUGAAGAUUCUGCUUCCUGAAAGCGCCAUGUCCGUGUCCGGUAUGAAACUAGCAGCCUCCCGUCCAUCCACUCGUGGAAAGUGGACACAGAAGCCCCUCCCUUGGACGAUAGUUCAUACUGAUACAAGGGGCGAUCCCAUGGUGGGGAGGGGAGCAUCUCUAGGGAGGAGUGGGGACCAUGCAGGAAGCUGGCUGAGAUCGUCCUUGUUUGCAAGACCAGUUUAGGCGCUCGGAGCCUCAAGGGCCGGCCCUCCCUGUACGGAGAAAGGAGAUCCUACGGGAUGAAUAAACCGAUGUGAAACACGCUG